AGGAACUGUGAUCAUUCAAUAAGAUUCGCGCGGACUGUUUACAAGCAGAAGCUCUUAAGUUGUUUGUUUGCGGCGCCUGAGCUGCGAUUGAGCCGCAGCGUGCAGAAGGCUGCCUGUUUACAUGUGGAUGCUGGGCUUCACACCACACCACAGGUAGAGUCAGUGGUGCCAAGGGCCUCCUGUCAAAGCACAAACACUGAACAUGGUGAGGCUGGAGUUAGACCAGGUGAUAAUGAGGAGGAUGAAGGAGGACGACAUUGAAGUGGUGAAAGCCCUUGUUAAGGAAGGCUGCGAGGGCACCGAGAACCGUCUCAUCUUACACAUCCUCACACGUCCACUCUGCCUUUUCAUCCUGGCCGUUUUCUCCUCCAUCCUGCGCUGCCUCGUUCACUCCUUCAUCCUGGCCCUGGCUAUCCCUGUGUUCCUGCUGAUUGUCUUUCUGAAGAUCACCAUGCCACGGUCAACGGGGGUCCUGGGCAGCAGUCGCCCCUACUGGGACUAUAUUGGCAGUAGCUACAGAGGCCAACAGGAUGAGACGUUACAGAAUCCCUACUGCAGGAUCAGUGGGAAAACGCCAGGAGCAAAAAAGCAACGCCGCAGAAUUGGAUCUAAAGACAAAGUCAAGGAAACAUCAUCAGAGAAGAUCACUGCAGAGAGAGAGCAAGCAGCAGGUCAGGUGUGGGUGGCAGACUGCGAAGGGGAUAUCGUGGGCUGCGUCUUCCGUGAGAGCGAGACACGUCCGAGCGUGAGGAGGAUCUGCAGGCUUGUGACGGGCUGUUGGUACCGCAGGGAGGGUCUGGGUCGUCUUCUGGUCCAGAGUCUGGAGCUGAAGGAGAGGGAGAGCGGCGCACGUAGGGUGUAUGCGCACAUCCCCUACCCAUCCAAAGUAGGCGAAGCCUUCUUCAGGAAAGUGGGCUAUCGGCAGCUGGGUGAGGCGACUGAUGAAGAAGAUGACGAUGAGAUGAAGAAAGAGACCCCAGAGAGAGGUUUUAUGGGGUAUCCUCUCACUAAGGUGUUCUACAAAGACUUGUGAUUGACAAUCAAGUCAAAGCCAUUAGAAUAACGGCACGUUUACUUGUUAACCCUUGAAUUAUGCGAUAUUAAUUAAAGUAUUUAUUUAUCAUGUGCAUUGGCGCUAUUUAAUUUUAAGUGACAUCUCCAUUUUGAUGACGCAGUCGGGUUUUCUCAUGCAAAAAAGACAUUGCAAAGUCUGAGUUGUUCUGUACUUUACACUCGUUUGAUCAAGUAAAUCAUUUCUGUCAAGUCUGUUUCUUUA